AUGGCUGGCACGAACAAAGCAGAUGAUGCUGAUGAUCUUAUUACAUCAUUUCGUUCAUCCUCAAUAAAUGAUGUAGCUGACAUUAGUGCUACAUUGGAAAACGAUGGCAGCAGUAAUACUGUAUACAACGCUCUUAAUGAUGAUAUUAAAGGUGGAAAUAAUAAAGGUGAAAGUAUCUCCAAGCAAAACGUUAAAGAGAUGGAUGAAAUGAAGAAGAAAGAGGAAUUGGAAAAGCGUAGAAAACGAGAAGCAGCACUAUCUGAAGAAGAUUUAAACAGCCUUCGAGAACAGUCCAAAACAUUAAAAGCUGAAGGGAAUAAUUAUUUUGGUCAAGGAUUUUGGUAUGAAGCAGCCUGCUCCUACACGAAAUCUUUGAAUAUUUGUCCACUCAUAUACACUUAUGAUAGAGCAACAUAUUUGAGCAAUCGAGCUGCUGCAUAUAUAAAACUUAGAGAUUGGGAAAAAGCUAUUGAAGAUUGUAGUGAAGCUUUAGAAAUUGGUGCACCAAAUGAUAAGCCCUUAGAAAGACGUGCCCAUUGUUAUGCUCAACUGGAAGAGAAGUAUGAACAAGCCAUUGAAGACUAUGAAUCGUUACAAAAAAUUUACCCUGAAAGGAAGAAUGAUUAUGUGAAGAAAGUUGCUGAUUUGAGACGUGCAAUUGAUGAACGGAAUGAAAGGAUGAAAAGGGAAAUGAUCUCGAAGCUGAAAGAUUUUGGAAAUAUGUGUUUGAAACCCUUUGGUUUAUCAACGGAUAACUUUGAAAUGGUACAACAACCGGGUGGAGGAUACUCGAUAAGUAUGAAGAAAAAAUGA